GGUUUGAGACAUUAUUGUUCAGUGCUGCAUGAGUAAUUAGGCCUAGAAGCCCCAAACAUGGAGGAGGAGGAGGCCCACCGCCUGUACACGCUGUUCCAGAGGACGAAUGAUGCUGCCAAAACCAAAAAGGGCCUUGGCUUUAGCUCGUCGGAGCCGCCCGCACGUGGUGCAUAUGCGGCGCCAACAGCAGCAGCUGGCGGAUUCAUGUCCUCCUUUGUCCGCAGCACCACAGCCUUUGGUGCGGAGCAAACAAAGGCGCCACCGGUGCAGGCACCGACGCUCGGGGGCAGCUAUGACAGUGACGAUGCCGGCGAACGUGCGGCCAAGCGCCAGCGACAGCAGCGAGCAAGUGCCUACAAUGCCGUGGCGGAUGAGCGCGAUGAUGACCCGCGUUUCUGGGGUCGCGGCGCGGACCAUCCGGGGCGCGGUGGGCUGGGCGGGCGCAGGCGCCACCCCGAGGAGGAGGCAGAGGAGCCGGAGGAGGCGGAGGACGAGGCGGAGGUGCGGCGACGGCUGCAGGCCAAGGAGAAGCAGCGGCGAGAGCGGGAGGCGGCGGCCUGGGAGCGGCACCGCGCCGAGGGCGGCGGCGAUGAGGGCCGCAGUGGCCGUCACGUGGGUGCCAGUGGCGGCGGCAGUGGCAGCAGGAGGGAUGUGGCGCCUGCUGGCGCAGGAGGCAAGACAAGGGGCAAGGACCAGCCGCCCGACUACUCAGCCCUUAUACCUGGUUAUGAAGCCAUGAACCCGGCAGAGAAGCUGCGCGCACGCACGCGGCUGUCUCUCGCACAAGCCGAAACGCGCGUGGCCAGUCGGGCCGCCGCCGCCGCUGCUGGCAGCGACGACGAGGACGGCAGCGGUGGCGCCGGCGGCAAAGGCAACUGGACUCGCUUCGCCUUUAAUGCCGACGCCGUGCCGGAGGAUGGCAUGGCUUUUGGGCGCCGCGGCGGCGGAGGUGGAGGAGGGGAGGACGAGCCGCGGGAGCCAAAGCAGUACAACAGCCACGGGCUGGGUGCGGACCUGGACAGGGGGGAGCUGGAGAUGCUGGUGGGGCGGCGCACGGCGGAUGUGGAGCGCCAGCAGCGGGCGGAGCAGAAGGCGCAGGCGGCGCACGAGGACGCCAUCUUUGGAUCACGCCUGCCGCCGCCACCACCGCUGCCAACUGCGCGGGCAGAGCCCGGGCGCGAUGAGCGGGAGCGUCGGCGGGAAAGGAGCCGGGACCAGGACCGGGGCCGGGGCCGGGACUGGGUCCGGGACCGGGACCGGGACCGGGACCGGGACCGGGACCGGGACCGGGACCGGGACCGGGACCGGGACCGGGACCGGGACCGGGACCGGGACGGGGACCGGGACGGGGACCGGGAUCGUAACAGGGAUAGGGGCAGUGGCCGGGACAGAGAUAGGGUCAGGGAGCGGGACAGGGAUAGGGGCCGGGACGGGCAGCGGGACCGAGACCACGGGCGCGACAGGGAUCGGAGCCGAGAGCGUGAGCGAUAUCCGGACCGAGAUCGUGGGCACGAGCGGGCGCGGGCAAGCAGCGGCGGCCCAGACAAGCGAGACCGCGGCACUGCCAUGGUGGGGAUGCCGGUGCCGCUGUCAGAGCCGCCGCCACUAGCGCCGCCGCCGCCAGCUGUGUACGCUGCAGCUGCAGCACCGACAGCGGCAGUGGGUGCCGCUGCUGCGGCGCCGACAGCAGCUGUGUCUGGCAUGCACGCUGGCGACGACGAAGGGCCUCAGGUGGUGCUGUUGGAUGAGAUGGAGCUGGUGGCGGCGGAGCGGGCGGCGGCAGGGCUAGCGAGCGCUUCCUGCGGUGCAGGCAGCAGCGUGGCAGGCGCGGGCAGCACAGCAGGUGACGGGGAGCCGGCUGACGGGGUGCUCGAAGGGACGCUUCACGAGACGGUGCUGUCCAAUCAGAAGAUGUCGUGGAGGGAGCGCGCGAUCCAAGCUCGGCGCAAGGCUGCCGGGUAGGGUGCCCAUGUGAGCAGGGCGCUGGUGGGGGCGGAAUCACAUUCACAGCAGCAUUCGACUCGACAGUAUUAAAGGGCCUAGUCGCCGAAACAAAGUUGUGCGUGUUGACUUUCCGAGCCAUGCGUGUCUAGCGCGUGUCCGAGUGCGCGUUGCGGCAUUGUGGGCCCCGCCGAACGGCUAUGGGGUGAUGAAAUGGUAGUUGCUGUCAUUCAUUGCCGGUGUGCCACUGUGCCCGCUUGCGGUUCUUCGGCUGGCACUUGACAUGCUUGUAUAACGGGCAGAGUAGCAUCAAGCAUAAGUCGCACACGGAUAACUAGCUGCUUAAAAGGGCCCUGAUAGCAUGUGAUGGCUCGGCGUCUUCGGGUGCUGGGACUGUCCCCUCUGUAACAUCCGCAUUCUUAAAAGGACACCGACUUCCUCCAGCUUGGUGUCACCAGAGAGCGGAGAAGCACGAUGGACCCAAACCGCGGCUGCACGGUAGAGUGGUCCGAGUGGGUCUGCGCGUUGCGUACCGGGCUUGGUGCUGGAUGCCUGGAUAGAGUGAUGUGCAACUAAGCAACUGACGUGUGCCAUUUAGCGGUGGAAAGGAUCCAAUUUGCAUGGCGCCAUGACAGCUGGUCACAUGUAAGGUCUAUCAAGU